GGAGCAUGUAAACAAAACUAGAAAAUGUACUCGCCUGAUAAAAGAGGGAAAAGACUUCUACAAGAUCUAAAUAAUGCCUUUAAAAGGGAUGGAAACAUUGACGAGUUUGACUACAUACCUGUGCUGGAGCCCAAGAACAACUGCAGCCCGGUUGUGUUGGUGGACCACAAGCUGGGUGUGGAGCUAUGGAGUGUUAGAAUCCUCUUCCAGUUCGCCUAUCAUGCCCUCAUGGACUGGAGGGACAAAAACACAUGCAGUUUCACAGAGCCCAAAGAGGUUUGCUUUCUGUCCAGAGCUGUAGUGUUGUUUAACCCGGAAUGCUACACUGCAUGGAACAUCAGGAAGGAGCUGGUGGAGACAGGGGAGGUCGCCUUGGGUGAUGACCUCAAACUCAGUGCCCUUGUGCUCACCAAACACCCCAAGAGCUCAGAAACAUUUUGUCACAGGCGCUGGUUGUUAGGGAGAUAUAUUGACAACCACCUGCAGUCGAGCCAGGGGUCAAAUAUGAGCACAGGCAGUGGACGGGAUGGUUUUGUUUGCAUGGAUGCCAUUGACCUUAACCUUGACCUUCAACAGAACAACCAAGCCGCACAGAAUGGUGAAGCAAUGGAGAGUCCGCAGGACUACCAUGCCCAGAUACGCACAGAGCUGCAUAUCUGCACGUGUGCCGCGGAUAGGUACCCAUGCAACUACUACGCCUGGUCUCAUCGCCUGUGGGUUGUACAACAUGCUUACAAUUGCUCCAUUCAGAUACUUCUAGGAGAGCUUCAGAGAACAGAGUGCUGGGUGAACAAGCACAUAUCAGAUACAUGUGGGUACAACUACCGCCAGUUCCUCCUCACAAGCCUCGGCACACAGAGGGAGACGCUGCAUGUACAGAUGUCCAUAUCCUACCUCAGUCUACUCGAGAAGGAACACCGGUUCACUUCUGAUCUGAUCUCCACAUUUCAGGGCCAUGAGGCCAUGUGGUGCCAUAGGAAGUAUGUGUUUCACAGCCUGCACAGCUUGUACAUUCAAUCAUCCAGCUGUGGCUCCCCAGAUGCUGCUGGGGCUGGGAUACAGCAGAAGAAGACGCGACUUGAAUUAGAUCCUACGGCCCUGCAAUAUCGUGAGAUCAACUCUGUACAGACUCAUGAACUCAAGGCCUCAAACAGCACUCAGAAAUUUUUUGCUCAAAACUACAUUGACUGGAUGCAAAAAGCUGUGAUAAAAUAAUAUAAACAAAAUUUAAUAACAAUGGUGGAAUGUUUAUGUAAUUUAUAUUUAUAAUUUCUUUGUGUGUAAGAAAUAGGCCGGUUUUUAUACCUAAUGGUGAACAAGUUUAUAACAUGAAUUCUACCACUUGUGGUUUUUUUCUAAUUUCCAACUUUGUGUUUUUAUUCCAAAAAAUAAUAGAUAUUAAGUGUAUUGUAUUUACAGUGUUGUGGAACAAGUUUAUACCAUAGAUCUUUGGUGUAUUAUAUUAUGUAGUACAACAGACUUUGCAAUAAUUAAUAUAUGUGAUUUGGGAAGAUGUUUUCAAUGUCAUGACUGUUACCUAGGUCAGUGUAGCUGCAUAUAAUGUCAUGGCUGUUACCAAGGUCAGUGUAGCUGCAUAUAAUGUCAUGACUGUUACCUAGGUCAGUGUAGCUGCAUAUAAUGUCAUGGCUGUUACCAAGGUCAGUGUAGCAGUGUUUUCAAUGUAAUGGCUGUUGCCACGGUCAGUGUAGCAGCAUUUUCAAUUUCAUGGCUGUUACCUAGGUCAGUGUAGCAGCAUUUUCAAUGUAAUGGCUGUUGCCCAGGUCAGUGUAGCUGCAUUUUCAAUGUCAUGGCUGUCUAGCAGGUCAGUGUAACAGCAUUUCCAAUGUCAUGGCUGUUAGUCAGGUCAGUGUAGCAGCAUUUAAGUGUCAUGGCUGUCACCCAGUCAGAGUAGCAGCAUUCAAGUGUCAUGGCUGUCACCCAGUCAGAGUAGCAGCAUUUUCAAUGUCAUGGCUGUUACCCAGGUCAGUGUAGCAGGAUUUUUAAUGUCAUGGCUGUUACCCAGGUCAGUGUAGCAGCAUUUUCAAUAUCAUGGCUGUUACGCAGAACAGUUUAGCUGCAUUCAAUGUCAUGGCUGUUACCAAGGUCAGUGUAGCAGCAUUUUCAACAUCAUAGCUGUUACCCAGGUCAGUGUAGCAGCAUUUUAAUGUCAUUGCUGUUACCCAGGUCAGGAAGCAGCAUUUUUAAUGUCAUGGCUGUUACCCAGGUCAGUGAAGCAGCAUUUUCAAUGUCAUGGCUGUUACGCAGAACAGUGUUGCUGCAUUUCAAUGUCAUGGCUGUUACCCAGGUCAGUGAAGCAGCAUUUUCAAUGUCAUGGCUGUUACGCAGAACAGUGUAGCUGCAUUUCAAUGUCAUGGCUGUUACCCAGGUCAGUGAAGCAGCAUUUUCAACGUCAUGGCUGUUACCCAGGUCAGUGUAGCAGCAUUUUCAAUGCCAUGGCUGUUACCUAGGUCAGUGUAGUAGCUUUGAUAUUUGAAGAUUUGAUCAUUUGAUAAAUACUCUAUUUGGCACAUUUUUGUAAUUCAAAAUGAAAACCUCAUUCACAUGUAAAUGCACGCUAUGUCAUGCAGCUUUAAGGUACGGAAUACAUCAAUAUGGGAUAUUUUGAUACCUUAUGAUGCCAUUUUUUUUUUUUAUAUCAUUUCAAAGUGUAAGGGGAAGAAAAAGAUGUAAUGUUUUUUGGCUUUGAAACAGAGCAAACUGGCUCAUUUUAUGGCUCGUAUCAGUUGAAAUAAAAUAGAAACUGUAUCAAUGCACUUUUGGUCAUUUAUUUUACAUAAUGGUUAUCAACAAGCAGUAACCUUUAAAUGAUACCAUUUGGGCUUAUCAGGUAUCAAAAUUUAACAUAAUGAUUAACCGUAAAAUGGAGAUAUUAGAGCUUAUUUGUGGGUUUGAUAUUUUGCAUAUUUAUAUAUUCCAUUAUGGAAUGAAUGAUAUUAUUCAACAACAUACUUUAAGCAUUUAUCAGACUAUGCAUAUAUUAAUAAUAUUGUACAUGUAUGUAUAUAUAUGAAAACCUCAAAUGUGCUAUAAUUUCAUUUCUACACCAUUCAAGCUUCGUGCACUAUCACUAUUGAACUUUUUUUUAAAUUUAGUUCACAUUAUUGUUUAUUAAUAUAUCUCAAAGGAACACAGUAUUUUGCAUUUUUAAAGUAGCUGGGUAUAUUCCGUUGGAUAGAGGACCUAAAAUAAGUUAGUAGAAACUGUAAUAGUUCAUUGCUGUCAAUGAACAGUCAAUAUCAAUGUUACAAUAAGAGUAAAAGAUAUGCAUGUUUAAAAGACUGUUUUAAAGUUUUAUUAGACCUACCAGUUCAAUGUUUCAUGCUAAAAUAUUUUUUUUAUAUGAACUGAAACAGUUCAUUGUACAAUGAACAGCCAUUAUCAAUAUUACUAUUAGAUUACCUGUAAAAGACAUGAAUUUUUAAAAUACAAUUUUUAAGAUAAGCAAGACCUACCAGUUAUGGAUUAUGUCACUCACAGGAUUGUCAUAAUAGGAUGAAGUGUAAAUUAUAUAACAUGUUAAGCAUACCUUAGCCCACAGCUGGCUUUGAUUUCUGUGUUGUUCUACCUGUCUUUCAGAUUAAAUAUUUGAGAUUUA